CCUCACUGACGCUGCAGAUGUAAACAAACAGAAGCGGAGCGGCCAUUUCUGUGUCGGAGGAGUUUUUCUUCACUUCGAGCAUUUGGAAGUUUUGCCGUCGAAUAAAUCAACGCGCAGGUUGUUUAAAGAGACAUGAAGGACACGAGCAUCGGAACCACAUCCACCUCUACCGGAAAUGGAGAGGUGGUCCUCAGCAGCCAGUUCGGCUCAGAGGAGGACCCGUUUGCAGAGUACAUGUGGAUGGAGAAUGAGGAGGAGUUCAACAGACAGGUGGAGGAGGAGCUUUGGGAGGAGGAGUUCAUCGAUCUCUGCUUCCAGGAGAUGCUGGAUGAGGAGGAACAGUGGGAGUGGUUCAUCCCAUCCAGAGACCUCCCACCUGGAGGUGUAGCUCAGUUGCAGGAGCAGCUCAGCCUCCUUGUUCUGGACCAAGACCUUCAUGCUGAUGCCUCGGACCUGGAAGUGGUGGUGAGGAGCAGCCUGAACCCAAAUGCCAAGGAGUUCACUCCAGGUAUCCAGAAGCACAGCCUGUGACCCCCCACCUAGCUCUGCCCCCUCCUCUCCAGUCUGUCUGUGGCAUCAUCUAGAGGAUGUCUGCUGUCCCUUCAGCCCCACGUGGUGCCAAAGUUCUGCUGUCGCCUCGCAUUUGUUUUAACAAAGCUUACGUCUGCUGCCUCACCUGGGUGGACACCUGGGUUUACAUCUUUGUGUCUGCUUUGUGUGUCUGAGGAGACUCUCUGAAUGUAAACCAGCCUCUUCUUGUUUAUCUCAUCUCUGUGGGAUUUAUUGGUUUGUGUCCUAUGAACCCUUAGUCUACCUUUAGAUCCAAAACCUCAGAAACAGUAAUGGUCCCUAGCGAGCUUUCCUACACUUAGUCACUCUUCUUCAGACCAGUCUGGUCUUGUUUUCUUCACGCUGAUUGGGUUUGAUUCACUCUGGUCUUAUCGGAAUCCACUCUGAUCUGUUUGAACUAGUUCUCUGUUCGGUUCUGUCAAUGUGACGGUUUCUCUCAGUUUCCCCAGAAUCCUCAGUGUCUGUGACUCUGCUGCUUUAUUUCCCGCCGUCUUUGAACUUUUUUCUAAACGCACACAAUGUACUGUAUAAAAAGAAAAAGAUGUAAAAAAGAACAAAA